GUCUGUGAUGCAAACGUGAAUUUUUUUUAACCUCUUCCAAUUAAUUGUUGUGACAAUGGAUAAUAACGAGCAGGGAUACAAUGAUUAUACUUAUGAUGACUACGGGGCCCACACUGGAGAUCCUAAUCUGGAUAAUGAAUACAAUAGGCAAUAUUACAAAAUGCCAGAUUACGUCAGUAACUUUUUAGGAUACUUCAAGAAUUGUGUGAAGGAAGGAAUGGUUUUUGAAUUACAAACACUAUAUGAGUCCACAUGGCCAAAAUUGACUGAAGAUCACUUUGAGAAAAAACCUUGGCCGGAAGAGACCGAAGUAGCUGCCCUAGUUGGUACUGAUCCAGUAUUUAUGAUUCUUUAUAAAGAAUUGUACUUUCGUCACAUUUAUGCUAGAAUUCAGGGAGGGCCAACACUCGAGCAGAGGUUCAAUUCUUUUUACAAUUACUGUGACCUUUUCAAUUACAUCUUGAGUGCUGAAGAGCCUGUACCUCUGGAACUACCCGAUUUAUGGUUAUGGGAAUUGAUUGAUGAGUUUGUUUACCAGUUUCAAUCUUUUGCUCAAUACAGAGCACGUUUGCAGAAGAAGACUCCUCAGGAGUUAGAAACCUUAAAUUCAAACAAUAAGGUGUGGAAUGUACUUUGUGUUUUGAAUGUAUUGCAUUCUCUUGUUGAUAAAAGUAACAUUAAGGAACAGCUGGAGGUAUAUGCUAGCGGUGGUGAUCCAGAUUCUGUUUCUGGUGAAUUUGGAAGUCAUUCAUUGUACAAAAUGCUGGGCUAUUUCUCCUUAGUAGGAUUAUUGCGUCUACAUUCCUUGUUAGGGGAUUAUUACCAGGCUAUCAAAGUGUUGGAGAACAUCGAGGUUCACAAGAAAUCCCAAUAUGCACAUAUACCUGCUUGUCAAAUCUCAACUUCCUACUAUGUUGGAUUUGCCUAUAUGAUGAUGAGAAGGUACUCCGAUGCAAUUAGGACUUUUUCAUCAAUCCUGCUGUACAUUCAAAGAACGAAACAACUGUUUGCUUCAAAGAGUUACCAACAUGAGCAGAUCAAUAAACAAACCGAUCAAAUGUACCAUCUUUUGGCUAUCUGCUUGGUGCUACAUCCUCAAUGCAUUGAUGAAUCAAUCCAACAAACUUUGCGGGAGAAGAGUUAUCAUGAAAAAAUGUAUAAGAUGCAGUAUGGGGAUCUGCAAGAAUUUGAAAAUUGCUUCACACUUGCCUGUCCGAAAUUCUUAUCACCAUGCCCACCUUCGGUAGAUUUUCCACCAGAUGAUUAUUCUAAGGAAGCUAUAAGACAUCAGACAGCAAUGUUCAUGGAAGAGGUACAACAGCAGAAGAUGUUACCCACAAUAAGAAGUUAUUUGAAAUUGUAUACCACGUUGCCACUGAGUAAAUUGGCCAGUUUCAUGGCACAAAACAACAGGAAUAACGAUGGUAAAUGGGAUUUGAAGAAGGAAAUGCAGUCCCUCAUUAUCCAUCUGCUGUGUUUCAAGCAUAAAAUGAAGAAUGUUGUUUGGUCUAAAGGUGCUUCUGGAUUGGAAGGCAAAUUUCAAUCAGGAUCUGAGUUGGACUUUUACAUUGACAAUGACAUGAUCCAUAUUGCUGAUACGAAAGUAGCUCAUAGAUAUGGUGAUUUCUUUAUAAGAAAAAUUUUGAAAUUCGAAGAACUCAACAGGAAGUUGCAUCAUAUUAAAAUUUAAUAUGUAAUUUACAGCAUAAUAUCAUUUAACAUUACUCAAAUGAUUUUUAUGUUUAAUAAAUGAUUGCCACUUCA